CUUAGCGCAUGCGCACAUAGAUCGGGCAGGAGAACUUAACAGGAUCGUAGCAGAGCAGUGUGGUCUUUAAAUAUCCAUUAAUUCCUUAUUUUCUACGUUUUUAAUUACACGUCUACCCAAUUAAAAACUACACUUUAUUAGUUCUUCCCGUCAGCAUAAACUCCACUCGUCUACAUCAACUUCGACGCUUCUCAGGCUAGCUUAGCUUGCUAGUUAGCUUAGCGUGCUAACUAGCUGCUAGUUAGCUUAGCGUGCUAACUAGCUUAGCAUGCUGGCUGCUAACAAAGACAUAUGGACGUCAGCAGAGAUCGGCGAUAGGAGUUGGUUGUGCUGAAAUGGGUGCAAAGUGUUGCGAUUGUGUGAACAGUCAACGAUAGCGGAGUAGUAGAGGAGGAACUUUCUGGAAUAAAAAAAGGAGAAGGAGCGACAACAUCAACAGCUGGACGCCGUUUUCAAGAAACUUACACAGAGCAGACGUCUGUGAAGAAUAUCUUCUCCCUGAGCAGCAGGAGUGGACCUCCGGGAUGGCGCAGGAAGAUCUGCAGCCCCCUCACAUUAAAGUGGAAGAGGAGGAGCCACAGACACCUCACUUUAAAGAGGAAGAUGAGGAACACCGCAUCAGUCAAGAGGGGGAGAAUCUUAAAUGGCUGGAGGAGGUUGAUGUCACCAAGAUGCCAGUGACUGGUGUCCCUGUGAAGAGUGAAGGUGAUGAGGUCAAAGGUGAAAGUGAGGAGAAGAGAGAGGCGGAGCCUCCAAGCAGCAGCUCAACUCAACACAUGACAACAGAAGCUGAUGGAGACCACUGUGGAGGAUCACAAGCAGACAAGCUCUUAGCUCCACUAUCAGAUAGUGAGGACACAACGUCACACUCUCCUGACACUGAUGAUGAAGACUCUAAAGAUGAUAAGACAUGUCACACUGACAACACACACCUGACGUGUUCUCACUGCGACAAAACCUUUCAUCACCGUUGUAAUCUGAAAAGACACAUGAGGAUACACACCGGAGAAAAACCCUUCUCCUGCUCAAUCUGCCACCAAAGCUAUUGCGACCAGUCGACGCUUGUAAGACACAUGAUGACACACACCGGGGAGAAGCGUUUCGUUUGUGCAGUGUGUGGUAAACGAUUUGCGAGGAAAUGUAGGCUGCAAUCGCACAUGAGAAUACACACUGGUGAAAAACCUUUUACCUGUUCAGUCUGCGGUAAAGGUAUUUCAGAAAAAGACAAGUUAAAAAUACACAUGCGAAUACACACCUGUGAAAAGCCUUUCAUCUGCUCAGUGUGUGGUAAAGGUUUUGCACGGAAAUACAAAUUGAAAUCCCACAUGAAAAUACACACCGGUGAAAAACCUUUUCCUUGUUCGGUGUGUGGUAAAGGUUUUUCAGAAAACGACAAGUUAAAAAUACACAUGAGAAUACACACUCGUGAAAAGCCUUUUAUCUGUUUAAUGUGUAGUAAAGGUUUCGCACGGAAAGACACGUUGAAAAUACACAUGAGAACGCACACCGGUGAAAAACCAUAUUCCUGUCCGUGCUGCAACAUAAGCAUUUGUGACCGCGAAGCGCUCGUCGCACACAUCAGGAGACACACUGGAGAAAAACCUUUCACGUGUUCAGUCUGCGGUAAGGAUUUUAUUGAAAAUAAACGUUUGAAACGACACAUGAGAACACACACCGGCGAGAAAGUGUUCAGUUGCAGUGUGUGUGAUGAGAAAUUCUCUUAUAAGUACCAGUUGCAGAAACACAAGUGUGCUGGUGAGAACAGCAGCAGCAAAUGAAGAUGCAGGAUUCGGAAUAAACUGUCAAAACUUUGAUAACUUCGACUUUUUAACAACAUCAGCACAUAUAACAUGCAUGACAUCAUUGUUGUGGAACACAAUCUUGUUAAUAUUUAUAGAUUAUAUAUUUUAGAUCAGGGGUCACCAACCUUUUUGAAACCAAGAGCUACUUCUUGGGUACUGAUUAAUGCGAAGGGCUACCAGUUUGAUACACACUUAAAUAAAUUGCCAGAAAUAGCCAAUUCGCUCAAUUUACCUUUAACUCUGUUAUUAAUAAUUAAUGAUAUUUACACUUAAUUGAACGGUUUAAAAGAGGAGAAAACACGAAACAAAUGACAAUUAAAUUUUGAAACAUAAUUUAGCUUCAAUUUUGACUCUUUAAAAUUCAAAAUU